UACAGCUGUGAGUUGUGUGGAAAGUCUUUUACCCUGGCUGGAAGCUUAAAAACACACCAAGUCAUCCACAGUGGAGUUAAACCUUACAGCUGUGACUUGUGUGGAAAGUCUUUCACCAUGGCUCAAACCUUAAAAAGACACCAACUCAUCCACAGUGGAUUUAAACCUUACAGCUGUGAGUUGUGUGGAAAGUCUUUUACUGAGGCUGGAUGCUUAAAAAGACACAAACUCAUCCACAGUGGAUUUAAACCUUACAGCUGUGAGUUGUGUGGAAAGUCUUUUACCCUGGCUGGAAGCUUAAAAACACACCAAGUCAUCCACAGUGGAGUUAAACCUUACAGCUGUGACUUGUGUGGAAAGUCUUUCACCAUGGCUCAAACCUUAAAAAGACACCAACUCAUCCACAGUGGAUUUAAACCUUACAGCUGUGAGUUGUGUGGAAAGUCUUUUACUGAGGCUGGAUGCUUAAAAAAACACCAACACAUCCACAGUGGAGUUAAACCUUACAGCUGUGACUUGUGUGGAAAGUCUUUCACCAUGGCUCAAACCUUAAAAAGACACCAACUCAUCCACAGUGGAGUUAAACCUUACAGCUGUGACUUGUGUGGAAAGUGUUUUACCGAGGCUGGAAGCUUAAAAACACACCAACUCAUCCACAGUGGAUUUAAACCUUACAGCUGUGAGUUGUGUGGAAAAUCUUUUGCCGAGGCUAGAAGCUUUAAAACACACCAACUCAUCCACAGUGGAUUUAAAGCACACAGCUGUGAGUUGUGUGGUAAGACGUUUGCUAAAAAUAGCAACUUACAGAGGCAUCUAGUUACCCACUCUGGAAUUAAGGCGUACAGAUGCGACUUUUGUGGAAAAAGGUUCAGUGACAAACACUACCGAAACAGUCACCUACGGUUUCACACUGGAAAUGAUGUUUACUGCUGUGAUCAGUGUGGGAAACUGUUUACAACAGAUGCACAGUUACAACGACACAUGUUUAGCCACACUGAGGAGAGACCUUAUAAAUGUGACCUGUGUGAGAAGUCUUUUAAAUAUCAACAUCAGCUGAAAAAACACCAACAGAUCCACACCUGAAAGUAACUCUACAAGUGCAGUUACUGUGAGAAGCAGAGCAAAGCACAUGGAUCCAUUUCUCAACCCUGUCGUCACUGUGGUGGUGGGAAAGAGUUUCUCUGUGAUCUUUGUGGAAAAACUUCUAAUCAUCAACGGGACCUAAAAACACAUCAAUGUAGACACACUGGAGACAAAAUGAACUACUGCAAAGAAUGUGGGAGAGACUUCCACACACCAAGUACAUUAAAAAUACAUGACCUCUUCCACAGUGUGGUCAAAAAGAACAUCUGUGACCAGUGUGGGUCAUGCUUCACCACUGCACUUGAGCUUAAAGUACAAGCAUAAGCGAAUCCACACAGGAGAGACACCAUACAAGUGCAGACACUGUGACAAAAUUUUCUCACAAUCAGGUCAUUGUAACAAACAUAAGCGUACACACAUGGAAGUGAACUUCAGCUGUGACCAGUGUGACAAGAGUUUCAGGAAUCUCAGUUCAUACUCCGAACACAAACGAUUCCACGCUGUAAAUAAACUGUUUCACUGUUACCAA